AAUGAUAGUAUUCCAGAUUUUUUAGCAAAACUUAGAUUAUAUUUGCAAAAUCAAGAUGUAGAUCUAGCAGAUAAUGUGGGAGGUCCACUCACAAGAAGAGAAGUAGCUAUAUAUUUGAGAGGAUCUUUUGAUCAACCAGGAACUGUAAUAAUCAAAUUAAGAGUUGUAGAAGACUCUUGGAAUAAAGACUGGCGUAUAGCAG